AUGCUAAGUCCAAAACGAACAAAAUAUCGUAAGCCUCACCGUGGGCGUUUAAAAGGUCAAGCAAUGCGUGGAAACAAAAUUUCCUUCGGAGAUUUUGGUCUUCAAGCCCUUGAACCUGGAUGGAUCACUUCACGUCAAAUCGAAGCUGGCCGUCGUGCCAUGAGUCGUUAUGCUCGACGUGGUGGGAAACUCUGGAUUCGUGUAUUCCCAGAUAAAUCUAUUACAGCUCGUGCUGCAGAAACACGUAUGGGAGCUGGAAAAGGAGCACCUGAUUACUGGGUAGCUGUUGUAAAACCAGGGAAAAUCUUAUACGAAAUGCGUGGUGUAUCUGAAGCUGUUGCUCGUUCAUCAAUGCGUAUUGCAGCAUACAAAAUGCCUGUAAAAACAAAAUUUAUUAUCCGCGAGGGAUUUGAAGCUUAA